AUGGUCCAGCCGGUAAUGCCUGGUACCUUUACGCAGGCAACGAAGAUCUCUGAGCUCUUCAUAUGUUGCCGCCAAAGGUUGUUGCGGCCGCUCGUAUCGUCUCAAAUUCUCUCUGGUACGCGUGUUUUCCUGGACUUGCCACUCACAAAUCCAUACUUGCCGCAUUUUGAGCGCGAGGCAUUCCAGCGUAUACUUGAGAACCGAUUACGUGCGACGGUCGAGACUGAGGACCAGCGGGUGGUCGACGAUGACGCCGGUAUCUUCAACGCGCAGUGUCGCUGCCUUUGGGAUGGGAUCCGGCAGUAUGAUGAUCUUUCCCAAGAGACGGGAUUCAUGGCGAUACGCAAUACAGACUCUCCGCUGACCAAAGAUCGCACAAGGUGGGAUCAUAGGCCGCGGCGUUCUACUCGACAACGCCGGUUAUGCCGGACACCGCGGCAUCCAGCGUUGACCACAUGUCCUGCACCGGAAUGCCCGUCGAGCACCUGCAGGACGUUGUGCGCGAGGAAAGGGGUCACAUUUGAGCAGGGAGACAUUGUCCUGAUCCGCAUCUGCUGCACGGCUGCUUCCGAUGCGGCCAUCAGGGAUCAGCAAAGGGUGUUGCCGCCGUGCGAGAUGGCGGUAUUCAUGGGACUCUUGCUCGACAAUGGCAAAGCUUCGAUGGAUCUGCGAGACUGUGCGGCACUUACCGGCACCACCAUCAGUAUUGAGCAGAAACCGCUGGUGCACCAUUGGGUGCUGGCCGGCUGGAGUGUGCCCAUUAACGAGAUGUUUGAUCUCGAGGCUCUGAGAGCACAGCGCGUGGUGCAUGACCGCUGGACAUUCUUCUUUGCGAGCGUCCCGCUGCGGGUACCCGGCGGCGUCGCAAGCCCAACGAACGGCAGAGUCGUCUUUUAA